CAGCUGUGUGACACGGAGUUUCAUAACAGAAACUGGAGUGGCACUGGCUGGCGGUGCUGGGCUGCGGGCCCCCGACCCUCAUGCUGCUGCUCAUGUGGUGCAUGCCUGAGACGCCACGCUUCCUCCUGUCUCAGCACAAGCUCCUGGAGGCCAGGAGCGCCAUGUGCUUCCUGUGGGGCUCCGAAGCAGACUGGGAAGAGCCUCCCAUUGGGGCCGAGUACCAGGGCUUCCAGCUGACCCUGCUGAGGCACCCAGGCAUCUACAAGCCCUUCAUCAUUGGCAUUUCACUGAUGGCCUUCCAGCAGCUGUCCGGGAUCAACGCUAUCAUGUUCUACACAGAAACCAUCUUCGAGGAGGCCAAGUUCAAGAACAGCAACCUGGCCUCGGUCAUUGUGGGUGCCAUCCAAGUGCUGUUCACGGGCAUCGCAGCCCUCAUCAUGGAUCGAGCAGGGCGGAGGCUGCUCCUGAUCCUGUCAGGUGACUCCUUAUCAUUCUUCGUGGCAGAGUAGUACUCCAUCCCUGAUCUCGGAACAGCAGACUGACCUUGCACUCCUGGGACAACUGCAGUCCCCCAGACAGUCCCCUGGACACUAGUUCUAUAUAUAUAUAUAUAUAUUUUUUUUAAAUUUUAUUUAAGGAGGAAAAAAAAGGUAUAAAUUUUUCAGAAAAAAUAAACAGUAGGAAAUCACUAGUUAAUAGAUCACAUAUUGUCAUCUUAGAAAUAGUUGUUCAAGUUACAAAAUUAAAGCAUAUAAAGUGGGCUUUCAAACAGUGAGACUGCAAACAGUUCUGUUCAAUGAUCCAACAAAACUCAGUAAUAUGGUUAUCUAUCUUAUACACUUAAAUAUACAUAUAGUUAUAUACUUUAGAGCACUUUCUUUUCCUCUAUUUUUUACAAUGACAAUUACACAUUUUGGGUUUUAUUACUCCCACAGUUCUUAUUACUUUUUUUUGAAAAGAAUAAAACCAAAUGUGACAUAACAAAACAGAGUCAGUCAAAUCAAAAGGAUGGACAUAGUACAUAAUGUAAAAACAGAAUACAAGGUGAUCAACAAUGGUUACCAUAAUGCCUCUUGCUAUCUUAAAAAGAAUUGCCUAUAUCAUCAGUUAUAAUAAAAUUGAACAAAACACCAAAGAACAAAACCAAUAAAACCAAAACAUUGGAGACAUUACAGGACUUCAAAAGAAGAUAAUAAUCAAACCAGAAUGGGCGUCAUAGUGAAUCUUAUUGUCUUCACAGUUUUUCCCUAUUCUCUCAAACUUGGUACUAUCAAGCAAAACAGAAUGGAAGGAAAAUCAGUCAAAACAAGAUGGUGAGAGCAAUACAGGGUUUCAAAUCAAGCUAAUAGGAAAUCAAAGUGGGUUACUAUAAUAUAUCUUGCUAUUUUAUUUAUUUUUUCUUAAUUAAAAAGAUAAAAAUAAAAAAGUAAAUAAUAAAAAAGGAGAUUGAGAUAAAACAGGACAUAACAACAAAACAAUAUAGGCCAGAACAUAACCAUUUAAGCAAAAUAGUGUUGCACCAUAAGAUAUCCUGACAUAAAAGUAGUUACCAUAGUGUCUCUUUCCUUGAAAUCUUUGAGUAUAACUUCAUAUACUGUAGCAUCAAACAUAUCAAGACAAUGUAAAACCAUUCAAGAAAAUGACAGUAUUACAGGGUAUUUAGAACCAACUAACAGAAAAUGAACAAUGGUUUCUGUAUAAUCUCCUUGUCUAUAAAAGUUUUUGUUGAUAUCAUCACAUAUAAUGAAAUCCAAUAAAAUACAACAUGUUAAGACCAAUGGAGACACAAGAACAAAAGCUUGAUGGGACUUCAGAACAAGAUGAUUUAAAUCAGCAAUAGCUAUUAUGAUGUCUUGUUUUCUUCAAAAUAGCUGUUCAUACCAUCCAACCUUCUCUGCCUCAUUUUUGUUGAGCUCUUUUUCUGUCAUUAGUUGUCAGUUUGUCUUCUUCAUUUCACUUUCUGCUCCAUUCAUGGUGGCCGCUCUGCCACUGUUUCUGGAAUCUUGGUAUUUUUCUUUUUGAGAUUAUCCUGCAGUAUUCUCUGUAGAGUUGAAUUGGUGGUUGCAAAUUUCUCUAGUUCCUCUUUAUCCUGGAAGCACCUUGUUUCUCCAUUAGUUUCUAGGGACAGUUGUGCAGGAUAUCUCAAUCUUGGCUGGAGGUUAUUAUCUUUCAAAGCUUGAACAUAAAAGAAGAAGUAGGGACAUAAACAAGUGAACUACAAAAGCUACUCACAGAAAUAAUCCAGGAGAAUUUUCCUAAUUUAGCAAAAGGUAAAGAUACUCAGAUGUAUGAGGCAUACAGGACCCCAGCUACCUACAACCCAAACAGAGCAACACCCAGGCAUAUAAUAAUAAAAAUUCCAGAAAUUCAAUACAAGAACAGAAUAUUAAAAGCUGUCAGAGACAAGAAACAGACCACUUACAAGGGAACACCCAUCAGAAUUACAGCAGAUUUCUCUGCACAAACCAUCAAAUCACGAAGAGCGUGGGGGGAAAUAAUUCAAGCUUUGAAAGAUAAUAACCUCCAGCCAAGAUUGAGAUAUCCUGCACAACUGUCCCUGGAAAUUGAUGGAAAAACAAGGUGCUUCCAGGAUAAAGAGGAACUGGGGGAAUUUGCAACCACCAAUUCAACUCUACAGAAAGUUUUGCAGGAUAUUCUAAAAAAAGAAAAAUACAAAGAAUCCAGAAAUAGUGGCGGGGAGGCCACAAUGAAUGGAGCAGAGAACAAAAUGAAGAAGACAAACUGAUAGCCACUGACAGAAAAAGAGCUCAACAGAAAUGAGACAGAGAAGAUUGGAUGAUAGGAGCAACUAAUUUGGAGAAAAUGACAUCUUAAUAGGUAAAACUGAUUUAGUAUCAUCUUGUUUUGAAGUCUCAUCUAGCUUUUGUUCUUCUGUCUCCAAUGGUCUAAAUAGGUUGUAUCUUAUUGGAUUUUAUUAUGUACGAUAGUAUAAGCAAAAACCUUUUAAAGACAAGGAGAUUAUACAGAAACCAUUGUUCAUUUUCUGUUAGUUGAUUCUAAAUACUCUGUAAUGCUGUCAAUCUCUUAAAUGGUUUUACAUUGUUUUGAUAUACUUAAUGCUACAGUAUAUGAAGUUGUACUCAAGGAUUUCAAGGAAAGAGACAAUAUGGUAACUACUUUUAGGUCAGGAUUAUCUGGUGGUGAAACACUAUUCUGCUUAAAUGGUUAUGUUUUGAUUUGCACUGUUUCGCUGUUAUGCCCUCUUUUAUGUCAAUCUCCUUUUUUUAUUAUUUACUUUUUUAUUUUUAUCCUUUUAAUUAAAGGAAAAAAAUAGCAGGAUAUAUUAUAGUAACCCACUUUGACUUUCCAUUAUCUCAAUUUAAAGCCCUGUAUUACUCUCACCAUCUUGUUUUUGACUGAUGUUCCCCUAUUCUGUUUUGCUGGAUAGUAUCAGGUUUGAAAGUUUAAGCAACAGCUGUGAAGAUAAUGAGAUUCAUUAUAACGCCCAUUCUCGUUGACUUUUAUCUACUUUUGAAGACCUACAAUGUCUCCAAUGCUUUGGUUUUGUUGGUUUUAUUCUUUACUGUUUUGUUCAAUCGUAUUAUAACUAAUGAUAUAGGCAAUUCUAUUAGAGAUAGCGGGAGGCAUUAUGGUAACCAUUGUUGAUCACCUUGUAUUAUGUUUUUACAUUAUCUAUUAUGUCCACCCUUUUGACUUGACCGAUUCUAUUCUGUUAUGUCACAUUUGGUUUUACUCUCUUCCAAAAAAGUAAUAAGAACCGUGGGAGCAAUGAAACCCAAAAUGUGUAAUAGUCAUUGUACAAAAGAGAGGAAAAGAAAGUGCUCUAAACUAUAUAACUGCAUGUAUAUUUAAGUGUAUAAGAUAGAAAAUGAUAUCACAGAGUUUUAUUGGAUCAUUGAACAGAACUGUUUGCAGUAUCAUUGUUGGAAUGUCCACUUUACAAGCUUUAAUUUUGUGACUUGAACAAUUAUUUCUAAGAUGACAAUAUGUAAUCCAUUAACUAAUGAUUUCCUACUGUUUAUUUUUUUUCUGUAAAUCUGUAUAACUUGUACCCUUUCUCUGCUUUUUUUUCUUUUCUCCUUAAAUAAAAUUAAAAAAAUUUUAAAAAAA